CUGAUACAAAUUUUCACCAGCAGAGAGCUAACUGAGGCAUGCUUCCUGUAUAGUGUAUACCUUUUCCCCCAAUGCAUAUUUAGGUCGCCGUUUUCAAAUUUUCCGAAACAUACAUAAACUGUAGCCAAGCAUAAGAACACCAUCUUUCAGAUCGGGGACUUGGAAUCCUCAUUCGGUGCCUAUCAAAGAGAUUGUUGAUUGUAAUAUCGAUAUCUACGAGCUCCACUUUGACCUCAUAAGUAUACGUUUUUUCAUUUACGGUUUCAAAAUACUACGAAUUUCGGUUGCGCCUGCCUCAUGAGUUCAGAUUGACAUUCCUUUGAAACUUAUUAACGAUCUGUGCGAACUGAUCGAUUUUUUUCCUGAUUUAAGGUACUUCUCCAUGCAGCUGUGUUGAUCAUUUCUAUUUUUAAGCGUGUAUGUUAAGCUCUCAUCUGGUUUGUUAGGUGUUUGAUUUCCUUGGAACGAAUAAUAUUUUCAAUGUAGUAUGCAAACAAGCAAGGUCCGUUUGAGAUUUAGAGGUGCUAGUUUUGUCACUUGGAGAAACUUUAAUUUUUCUUUUGAUAGCUUUGAUCAUUGUUCUUUUGAUAAUUCUGCAUUUACAAUUGAUGACUCUAACACAGAGAGCAUGCCUUGAUGUUCUGAUUAGUUUCUUGUAUCUCAGUUCUUGCGAUCUUUAUGUAACAUGGAUUGUUGUUCCUAGCACACAAUUUAUUUAUCAGGAUCCAUUAGACAAAGUGAGUUGUGUCAUAUAUUUUGGUGGUUAAAAUGAGGUGCAAUGCAUGCUGGAGAGAAUUGGAAGGGCAAGCCAUCUCCACCACAUGUGGUCACAUCUUCUGUAUCCAAGCCACAUAUGUCUGUACUCACACGCUCACAUAUGUAUCCAUGCCUCAGUUUAUGCAUUGAGACUCGUCGUCGGUAUAGAUUUCCUUAAACCAUACUAUUAGGUACAGAAGAUGCCGAUAAAAUUCUCAGUACUGAUGCUGCUUGCCCUAUAUGUAGUCAAGUCCUCUCUAAAAGUCUCAUGAAGCCUGUAGAUAUCAACCCAAGUGAAGAUUGGAUAAAUUGAUGGAGAGUGCUUAUAGAAGUGUGGCGUUCUACAUUGGACAGAAGGAAUUAGAAAUGGAUUUUAAAAUGAACAAGAUUGUAACUCAGUGCAGGCAGAAAUGUGAGGUCAUGGAACAACAAUUCUCUGAAAAGUUGGAACAAAUGCAAAUGGCAUAUCAGAAGAUGUCUAAGAGGUGCCAAAUGAUGGAACAAGAGGUUGAGAAUUUGUCUAGAGACAAGAAAGAGCUUCAAGAAAAGUUUGCUGAAAAAUCCAGACAAAGGAGAAAACUUGAAGAGAUGUACGAUGAAUUGAGCAGCAAAUAUGGAUCAGUGAAGCGGACAGCCAUUCGUCCUGCUCCUAAGUGUUAUUCAAGAACGAACCCUAAUAAUCUCUUCUCAAAUCCUGCUAAUAUGACACAUUACAGAGAUCCUAUCAGAAAAGAGUGGUCAGUUUCAACUCCUGACACACCUGGACCAAGAGAAGGUAUAUGGCCACCUCCAGCAAGACAACAUGCUAGUGACUCUGGCCCCUAUGAGAUAUCAAGCGACUCCACCGCAAAACAACCAGGAAUUUCAAUGGAUGCUAGAAACACCACUGGUGCUCGUCCAGUGUUUGGCCCUAGAACUGUGGGUAGCAACCCAUCAAUGAUAAUCAGAAACCUCAUCAUUUCACCAAUAAAGAGGCCUAACAUAGGUCUCCGCCAGCUGCAACUAUUUUCAUAAAUCUCUACUUUACGUGUGACAUUCCUGUCUUUACACUUCACCCAAUAACAAUUAUACUCCCUAAUAGUUAUAGCAAUGA